AUGCUACGGAGUGUUCAACGAAAAGAACUGAUAGUAAAAACGAUCUGUGUGGUUUGGAGUCUUCACGCUGCACAUCAUUUUUCUAAUGACAACUGUCAAAAGUUAACCAGCAGAUAUUUAAUAACCUGUUUUAGGGCCAAAUACUCAGCAUUUGAAAUGGUUUGGGAUUCACCUGUGAAGAUAUAUCACUUCGGAUAUGUGUAUGCAUCGCCGGAAGUGAAAAUACACGCUGCCUGUCAGUUUGACUUCUCCAAGUUCCCGUUCGACGAACAAGUGUGUCCAAUUCGUCUGUAUGUUUCUGGCGGCUAUCGUAUGGACGCGUUGCAGUUCACCGUGGCACUGAGCCCCAAGCUGAAACUGUCGUGGACCGAAGAAACAGAGAAACGCAUAUUUUCACAAUGGAAGGUGACUGAGGUGACGCAAGAAGAGAAAAUCUUCAACCCUAAAACUAUGCAGCUCAUGAACGACUCCCAGAACUUCGAUUUGCAUGAAUUAACUCACGUGCUAGAAAUUAGAAUACACUUCGAAAGAAUCUACCAGCAAUUUCAAAUUAAUUUCAUCCUGCCGGCGUCGUUGACAUCCGUUUUGACUACAGCAGCGAUGGCCCCUGUUCAGUUCCAGUGCUCAAUAAUCAUUCUCCUCACGUCGCUCAUGACUCAAAGUACCUAUUUGCAGUAUCUGUUAAGAAUCGUUCCGAAGUCAGCAACGACUGUUCCAAAAAUCGGUAAUUCCUCGCUGCAACUUGUUUAUAUAGUCCUUAAAAUAAUGGUAAAUGAAACUGAAUUCGCCUUGACCAGCCACGUGCUGAAGCUCCGGUACAGUAGUUACAGUUUAUUUUUUUACCUAGUUUUUUUUAUUCCCUAUCUCUUUGGACUGAUAGAAACGUAG